UUUAAGUGAUUGCAUGUUUGAGGGAAGCUUCAAAGAAAGUUAAAAAAAAAAUUAUUUUAACCGAAGAGUAAAAUGAAUUUAUUUAUUUUUGGUUUGGUUUGGUUUGGUUAGAGUGUGAAAACAGUGAAAGAGACAAAAGCAGAAGUCAAGAAACGCACAAAAGCAGCUUAGUAUUAGUAGGAGAAGCGGAGAAGUAACCAAACCAAAGAAAGAAAAGCGUUUUUCCUCUAGGCUUUUUGUCUUUUUCUCCUUCUCAAGAGUGAUUCAGAAGCGACUUGGUUGGCCUUUUUCUCUCUAAAUAUUUGCAACUUUAUCACUAAUUUAAUAAUGUCUUAGAUAACUAGUUGCCGUGGGGUUGUUGAGUUUGUGCCUGAUUCAACCUUGCACCUUGGGGGGAAAGAAGAGUUUUCAGAAGAUGGGUUCUUAUGGAAUGCUUGCCAGAAGGAUUGUGGAGACUGAAAUGCCAAUCAUGGUUCAGAUACAGCAAUUGAUCCGAGGAGCGAAAAAUGCUGUGUCACUCGCUCAGGGAGUGGUUUACUGGAAACCACCCAAACAGGCAUUGGAUAAGGUUAAAGCACUUGUAGAGGAGCCUUCAGUUAGUUGUUAUGGUGCUGAUGAAGGUCUUCCUGAACUUAGAGAAGCAUUGAUAAGAAAGUUACGUCAGGAGAACAAUUUGCAGAGGUCUUCGGUGAUGGUCACUGCAGGAGCAAAUCAGGCAUUUGUGAAUCUUGUUCUAACACUGUGUGAUGCGGGGGACUCGGUUGUCAUGUUUGCUCCAUACUAUUUCAAUUCCUACAUGUCCUUCCAGAUGACAGGUGUCACUAAGAUAUUAGUAGGUCCUGGUUAUCCAAAGACUCUUUAUCCAGAUGCAGACUGGUUGGAAAGGACAUUGCUGGAAACCAAGCCUGUCCCAAAGCUUGUUACUGUUGUUAAUCCUGGCAACCCAUCUGGAACCUACAUUCCUGAGCCGCUACUUAAGAGGAUCUCAGAUAUAUGCAAAAAUGCUGGUUGCUGGCUGGUUGUAGAUAAUACAUAUGAGUAUUUUAUGUAUGAUGGUCUGAAACACUCGUGCGUGGAAGGAGAUCACAUAGUCAACAUCUUUUCUUUCUCCAAAGCCUAUGGAAUGAUGGGAUGGCGCGUUGGAUAUAUUGCAUACCCCACAGAAGUGGAGGGCCUUGCAACUCAACUUCUCAAGGUUCAAGACAACAUACCAAUCUGCGCUUCGUUAAUUUCUCAGCGACUAGCUCUUCACUCAUUAGAAGUGGGACCUGAAUGGGUUCGCGAACAAGUCAAAGAUCUCGUGAAGAAUCGAGAAAUAGUUAUAGAAGCACUGUCACCAUUGGGUGAAGGUACUGUGCAGGGUGGAGAAGGCGCAAUUUACUUAUGGGCGACGCUACCAGAGAAAUGCAUGGAUGAUGUGAAGGUGGUUCACUGGCUUGCCCACAGGCAUGGGGUGGUUGUGAUCCCAGGGAGUGCAUGUGGGUCCCCGGGGCAUUUGAGGAUUUCCUUUGGUGGGCUCAUGGAAAAUGACUGUAGAGCAGCUGCACAGAGGCUGAAGACAGGAUUAGAAGAAUUGGUAAAACAUGGAUUGGUGCAGUAAAAUCUGUAAUUUUACAUUGAUUUGAAUAUACAGAAUUUGUGCUCCCGUUUUCUUUGAAUAAUUGAACAUUCUAAGUUGCUCAGAAUUGGAGCUGCAGUUUCAGCUCUGUAUAUUGGAAAAAGCACUUCCAUAGAUGCAUGUAUAAAUUUCCUUACAUUGAUAUUUAAUACAUGCAAUUACUUUUUAACAUA